AAAGAAACACCCAUCGCACAUCCCAACACACCAGCAGAGGAAACUUAUAACCCCAGGAGGCAGGUUCCUCCCCGCACUGUGGUCACUUACCUCCAGAAGAGCGGACCAGGCAGCCGCCAGCUCCUGCCACUCAGGCGUUCAGACCCUCAGAACUCUCUUUGCUUGCCGCUGCGUGUUAACAAAAAGCCAAGAUGUUGGUAUUACUGGCUGGUAUCUUUGUGGUCCACAUCGCCACUGUUGUUAUGCUAUUUGUUUCCACCAUUGGCAAUGCCUGGGUGGUUUCAGAUGAUGGAAUAAGAUCAGUAGGUCUCUGGAAAAAUUGUACCUCUGGCAACUGCUAUCAAGCCCUGUCGUAUGCUGAUGAAGAUGCCCUCAAGGCGGUGCAGGCCUUCAUGAUCCUGUCCAUCAUCUUCUCUGUUAUCGCCCUCCUGGUCUUUGUGUUCCAGCUCUUCACCAUGGAGAAAGGAAACCGAUUCUUCCUCUCAGGGGCUGUCACGCUGCUGUGCUGGCUGUGCAUUUUGAUCGGGGCAUCCAUCUACACUCAUCGCUAUGCAAAUAGUAACAGAAGCGGUUUUGAGCCCUAUCAUCACGGCUAUUCCUUCAUCUUGACCUGGAUCUGCUUCUGUUUUAGCUUCAUCAUUGGCAUUCUCUAUCUGGUCCUGAGAAAGAAAUAAGGCUGAACCAGUGUAUGGGGACCUGGGGGGUGGGGAAGUGGAAGCAGUUAAAUCCGGGAGGGAAGUGGAAGUUGCUGUGCAGGAAAAACCGAGAAAGGGGUGGGGAGUGGGGAGGGGGGAGUAAGAGAGGAAGAGACCGACACCCAAGCUAUUACUGAGGAAAUUCUCUACUAUCAAGACCCUGCCUUUGGAGGAAGUAGUUGGCUAGUACUUUGAUGCUCCCUUGAUGAAGGCCAGAGAGCCUCUCUCUUGCUACCAAACUUGGCCUCCAGCAGUUCUCAGUAACACACACUGCCUAGGACACCCUCAGCUGCCACACCACUGGCCUCACCUCCAAAGGUGAAUUCUAGGUCACGCACUGAGGUCCUCAGACCUACUGCACCAAGUUAAAAUAGCGGUACAAGCUCCGGCAAGAGUAGACAUUGUUUUUGUGCCGAAUAUGCUAAACCAUCCCCCCCUUCUGAAAUACCCACAGAGGGCUUUGGCCAUGGGGUCAUUUUUCCUCUUUAGAACUGAUAUUUAGCUCUGUGGAAUUCAGUGGCAUUUGCGACAUAAUGGGAAGAAGUGAGAUAGUGCUAGCAGGCCAAGUUGGAGGGUUAACUAAAUCAAGAAAGAGAACUUUUUAUAAUGGAAGGCCUGAGGGAUGGCUAGAGCCCAGACCAGACCUCACACAGCUGUCCCUCAUGGAGGCCUCUUGCCAUGGACCUUCCUAUGCCUCUCCCUUAAAGCUAAGGCAGCUCUUCUGUAGUUCUGUAAAGCCAUUAACGACCAAUUCAGUGGUGGAAGCGCCACACAAAACACGGAAUCAAGAGGCAGCCUUGCAACAGGGCUACAGUAGGUUCAUGUUUUUAGGAUCUCCUCUCAAUGCAGUCAAUAUUUCUUUCAAAUAUAUACUUGGAGAGAGAUGGCCAUAGCUCCUGGCGACAUAAUCCUUUUACUCUCCCUCUAAAUUAUACCUUUCAAGGAAGUUCUGCAUACUUAUCCAUAUUGGGGAUCAGGGAUCCUAUGCUUAGUGGUAGCUCUAGCUUUGACACUGGCUAGAGUGGUCAUCUCUCAGAGUCCCUGCCUAUCCCAUUUCACAGGAGAAGCAUGGCAAUUCUGGAAUCUGAUUAAAACACACAUACAAACCAAAAGCAAACAACAGGUUCUUGGGUGGAAGGUGCUAUAGUAAAGUAUUAAGCAUACUAUAUUUCAGUCAUGAUAAGAACAGAGUGCCUGCACUCCCAGGAAAAUAAGAAAAUUCCCAUGUGAUAAAUACAAAUGUAGGUGACGGGCAGAUAUUUUCUUAAAAAAAAAAAAAGCGAAAACUCUUGUGGCAUACAGUCAGAUGAUAACUGAGCUGCUGUGAUGCCACAGGAGUAUUUCUAUACAGUACUUAUAAGUAAGUAAUAUGUUAUUCCUGGUUAAGCAGGCAUUGCUCUUCCCUGGAGCAGCUAUUAUAAGCCAUCUCAGAUUCUGCAUAACGGGUUUUUUUUUUUUUUUUUUUUUUUGGGAAGACACUUUCUUUACCAACCUGAGAAGAUCUACCCCAAGGAGAAUCUGAAACAUCUUGCCCAUUUUCCUUCUUCUUGCAAUCUCCUCAUCCCCUUUCUCAUAUACCUUUCCUUUUUGGGGAGUUAUUAUGCCAUGAUUGCUGGUAUUUAUGUAAAAGGACUAUUACUAAGAAUAUUUCUCCAUGUUCAUUCUGGUUAAGGGAAUAUUGAUGGCAGGCCACCAAAUUACUGGGUUUGGGGUGGAGAAAUUGGCCAGAAAAACUGUGGGAUGAUGAGCUUUUAAAUUAUGAUUUAAUUAUCAGACAAUUAUAGAAGUCUGCCUUAUGUGCAGACAUAUACUUACGUAUCAGAUAUAUCCAAAAGAGAUACUCACAUUAUGUUAAAAAGUCAAACUAUGACUGGAAUGAACUGUGUAUUUCCUUGUCUUUUAUUUUUUUCUGUGACAUUUACGUCUCAUGUAAUUUGCAUUACACUUGUGGGUUGUUCUAGUACUGUAUUUGGCUUCUUCUUUAAUGGAUUGAUAUUUCAUAUACUAUAAUUGUAAAUAUUUUGAUACAAAUGUUUAUAACUCUAGGGAUAUAAAACACAUUCUGAUUCUCUUCA